AGAUGGCUGAAUCAAAUCACUUCUCCCCACACUGGGAUCUGUCAGCUGGUGAAGCCCUGCUUCAAGAUGUCUUUGGGAUUGUUAUGGAUGAGGCUGUUCGAAAAGGAACCGAUGCCUCUGAAAAGGUCUGUGAGUGGAAGGAGCCCGAGGAGCUGAGGAAGCUGCUUGACUUGGAGUUGCGGAGCCAAGGAGAGAGGCAGGAUCAGAUCCUUGAUCGGUGCCGGACCAUCAUCCAGUAUAGUGUGAAGACCUGUCAUCCGCGAUUCUUCAACCAGCUCUUCUCGGGGCUUGACCCCUGUGCUCUGGCCGGUCGCAUCAUCACGGAGAGCCUCAACACCAGCCAGUACACAUAUGAAAUCGCUCCAGUGUUUGUCCUCAUGGAAGAGGAGGUGCUGAAGAAGCUCCGGGCCCUGGUGGGCUGGAGCAGUGGGGACGGGGUCUUCUGCCCAGGUGGCUCCAUUUCCAACAUGUAUGCACUGAACUUGGCACGCUACCAGCGUUAUCCCGACUGCAAACAAAGGGGACUCCGGGCACUGCCACCUUUGGCCAUCUUCACAACACAGGAGAGUCACUACUCCAUUCAGAAAGGAGCAGCUUUCCUGGGCCUGGGCACGGACAGCAUCCGCCUGGUUAAGGCUGACCAAAGGGGAAGGAUGAUCCCCGAGGAUUUGGAGAAACAGAUUAAUCAAGCUGAGGCCGAGGGUGCGGUGCCACUCCUCGUCAGUGCCACCUCAGGCACCACGGUGCUGGGAGCCUUCGACCCGCUGGAGGCCAUCGCUGACGUGUGCCAGCAGCACGGGCUGUGGCUCCAUGUGGAUGCAGCCUGGGGUGGAAGCGUCCUGCUGUCUCAGACACACCGGCACCUCUUGGAAGGCAUUAAGAGGGCUGAUUCAGUGUCCUGGAAUCCCCACAAGCUGCUCGCAACUGGGUUGCAGUGCUCAGCUCUCCUCCUUCGGGACACCUCGAACUUGCUGAAACACUGUCAUGGAGCCCAGGCUACCUACCUGUUUCAGCAAGACAAGUUCUACGAUGUGGCUCUGGACACGGGAGACAAGGUUGUGCAGUGUGGCCGUCGUGUAGACUGUCUGAAGCUGUGGCUUAUGUGGAAGGCUCUGGGCGGAUCAGGGCUGGAGCAGCGCGUGGACUGGGCCUUCACCCUCACCCGAUACCUUGUAGAAAAAAUGAAGAUGCGGAAGGGCUUUGAGCUGGUCAUGGAGCCAGAGUUUGUGAACGUGUGUUUCUGGUACGUGCCCCCCAGUCUUCGGGGACUUCAGGACAGCCCGGAUUACGGCCAGAAGCUCUCCCAGGUGGCGCCGGUGCUGAAGGAGCGCAUGGUCAAAGAGGGCUCCAUGAUGGUGGGCUACCAGCCCCACCGAAGCUGGCCCAACUUCUUCCGCCUGAUUGUGGCGAACCCAGCCCUGAGCACCGCCGACCUCGACUUCUUCUUGGACGAGCUGGAGCGGUUGGGGCAGGACCUGUAACCUCCCCGGGCUGCCUAGAACUAGGAAGCCAGAGAGUCGUCCCCGCUCUCGGGGCGCUCCAUCCCCGGGGAAGAUGGCGGCCCCACACGUAUCCUAUCUCUACACACACAUAGACCGCACUACCUAUAUAGCUAGAUCGGGCAUAACUGUAGAAGGAGCAUAAACGGGGGGGUGGGGGGGUCAGGAAGGGCUCUGAGGAGGUGCAGUUCUUGAGGGAAGAGAUUCUGUGAGCUGGAAGGGAGGAGGAAGCGCGCCCCAGCACAGGAUGCAAACAGAGGAGCCCUCUGGGCUGGAUGGAGGUCGGGUGGGCCGGGGCAGCUCAUUGAAGGGCCAGAGGCAGGGGAGGGAGUCCAUAGCAAGCUUUGGCAACUGGCAACUGGAAUUGGGAGCCAAGGGAGAGUGAGGAGCCACGGGAGACCGAGGAGAGCCAGGGAGAUGGAUUGGGGGGGAAGAGGAUGAUUUCUGGUUUGGACUUGAGGAGGUCGAGAUGACUCCAGGCCUUCCAGGACGUCCCAAAGGCUCUCUAGUCAGUUGGGGAUGUAGGGCAGAGAGGUCCGGGGGUCAUCUACACGGGGAUAAUACAGCUGUCCUAGUGGAGGGGGUCAGUGAGAGACCGGGGAAGAGGCUGGGGAUUCCCCUCAGAAGGAGGAUGAGCCAGGAAAGCAGCCUGAGAAGUCACAGGAGAGACGGGAAGGAGUCACCGAAAGCCGCAGAUAUUCAGAAGAGCCUUCAGAGGUUUGGCAGAGAUGAAGACAUGGCAGGUGAGAGGUCACUGGUGCCUUGGAGGGAGAGGAGGGGAAGAGAAGGUAGGAAGUGUAGACCAGAGGAAGUGUAGACUGCUUUCCUGAGAGCGUGGCCAAGAAAGGAAGGAGAGAGCUAGGCUAAUGGCUUGAAGGUGGCUAGGGUCUAGGGUAGAUUUUUUUAAGAAUGAAGGAGACUUGGAUAGGUUUGAGGGUCGGGAAACAGUAAAUAUGGAAAAGUUAAAAAGGCCCAGGUGAUAGAGAGCCAGGCCUGGAGAUAAGCAGUCCUGGCUUCAAAUGUGACUUCAAACUUUGUAGCUGUGUGACCCUGGGCAAGUCACUUGACCCCCAUUGCCUAGCCCUUACCGCUCUUCUGCCUUAGAACCAAUACAUAGUAGUGAGUCUGAGAUGGAAGGUAAAGGUUUAAAAAAAAAAGAUCAGAGGAGGCGGGGGAUUGAGAUUACUGUGUUAGAAAACUUAGAAGGAGGGGAUGGGAUCAAAAGCGGUGUAGAAGGGUUAACCUUGACGAGAAGGGCCUUGUUACAGAUUAGGCAAGGGGGGAGAGAGGGGGUGACGUCAAGUGAUUUGAUGUAAAGAGAAGUGGAGAUGAGGGAACCCCGGAAAAAUGACCUUCGGUUUCUCAGGAAGGAAAGUAAGAGACCCUUAGCUGAAAUGCUGGGAUGUACAGGAAGCUUAAGGAAAGGAGAGAAGACUUGGAAUAGCUUCUGGGGGUGGGGGAGGGAGGGGGAGAGAGAGAAAGAGUGUGAGUGUGUGUAAGAGAGAGAGAAGCUAAGGAGGAGUAAAAGGAUCCCAACCCGAGUUGCACAACAGGAAUUUGUAAUGUGCCCAGUUGAAAGGUUGCACAAGCUCCUCUAGGUUUUGUUCCACAGCUGUUUAAGUGGUAGGGAAGGGUGGUAAAGAACAUUAGGAUAAGAAGUAAUUCGGUACGGGUUAAAAGGCAGGCGCUUGGCAACGGGACCAGGGUUUCUGGCCAAGCCUGGAGCAGUCUGCAUGAGACUCUCCUAAUGGGUGGAAAGAGUGAUGUGUGCUUGGGUUGAGGGGUAGAGUUGGUGCCGAACAUUCUGAAGAGAGGCCUUCCUUCUUCACAAGAUUCCACACUCACUUGGGUCCAGACCAGUUCCAGGCAGGAGAAAGACUUUCUUGUAGACGUGUAAAGGAAGUUGGCUCUUCAGCCUGCCCCUAAGUUCUAGCUUGCUUUCUUAGAGAUCUGGGGGAGUUUCUCCCUGGGUAUUUUGGGGCAAUUCAUUUGGUUGAGCAAGAUCUCACCUCACUCUUGUCUAAAAAAAGCACGAUCUCAAUCACUCCAGCUUAAAGAGCAAGAUUGCCUUUCUAAACAACUUAUUCAAUCCCAUAUAUUUGCUAAUAUGUUCUAAUCUGCAAAACUUCUUCAACUUCUGUUGUCUGUUUAUAUAAAAGAAUUUACUCACUA